AUGUACCGCCUGCGCCGCAUGGAGAUCUCUGCAGACAUGCUGUACAAGGCCAAGCAGAUCCGCGGCUUCUGCCACCUGUACGACGGGCAGGAGGCGGUGGUGGUGGGCAUGGAGGCGGCGCUGGAGCAGAGCGACUCUGUGAUCACCUCGUACCGGGACCACGCGCAUUUCGUGGGCAGGGGCGGCACCGUGCUGGAGGUGUUUGCGGAGCUGAUGGGGCGGGUGGAGGGCGCCUCCAAGGGCAAGGGCGGCUCCAUGCACAUGUACCGCCGCCAGGCCAACUUCUUCGGCGGCCAGGGCAUCGUGGGCGCCCAGGUGCCGCUGGGAGCGGGGCUAGCUCUGGCGCACCAGUUCCGGGGCGAUGGCGGCGUGGCGGUGACAAUGUACGGAGACGGUGCCGCCCAGCAGGGCCAGAUCUUCGAGUCAUUCAACAUGGCCGCCCUGUGGGACCUGCCCUGCAUCUUUGUGUGCGAAAACAACCACUAUGGCAUGGGCACCGCCGAGUGGCGGGCUGCCAAGUCUCCCGCCUUCUACACACGUGGCGGCGACACCAUGCCGGGCAUGUCGUGCGACGGCAUGGAUGUGCUGGCGGUGAAGCAGGCGUUUGCAUUUGCCAAGCAGUACGUGCUGGAGAAGGGCCCCCUCAUCCUUGAGAUGGACACCUACCGCUACCACGGACACAGCAUGUCCGACCCGGGCAGCACCUACAGGACUCGCGACGAGAUCAGCGGCAUUCGGGCAAAGCGGGACCCCAUUGAGCGAGUCAGGCAGCUGCUGGCUGCCAACGGGCUGGCAGAGUCGUCCGAGCUCAAGGCGAUUGAGCGGGAGGUGAAGGGGGAGAUCGAUGGGGCCAUCGACGAUGCCAAGGCCGCGCGCCUGCCUGCCGAUGAGGAGCUGUGGACCAACAUCUGGCGGGCGCCGCUGGGGGCGACGAUGCGGGGCAUUGAAAGCUCUCACAAGCAGAGGCUGCCCUCCUGAGUGGGCAGCGGAACAUCAAGACGGUGCUGAGAGAUGACAGGGGCUGGCAACAGCUGGUGACAGCUCAAAUGAAGAUGCAGUGCGGGUGGGACGUUCAAGUGCCAUCACUUGUUGAUUAAUUGCAGUGGUCGUGUAACAGUAGCGGGAAA